AUGUUGGAUACGUUGAAUGCCCACUUCCAAACCGUUUUUGGAAUAUCCAGUACACAAUCUACUGGACUUCAAGUUGCCUACUUCGGAGCCUAUUUUAUCAACCCCCCUACUUUUGCAUCGUUUGUCGUUCGUCGCUAUGGCUACAGAUACACUUUUAUAGCUGGUCUUCUUAUUCUCGGUGUUGGAAGCUUCAUGUUCUGGCCCUGCGCUAAGUUCGAAAGCUUUGGCGGCUUCUGUGGGGCCAUGUUCAUUGUAGGUGUAGGUCUUUCCACAUUGGAAACUGCUGCUGACCCUUACACGACUAUGUGUGGUCCAACAGACAAAACUGAGCUCAGAAUCAACUUGGCUCAAUCGUUUCAAGGUGCGGGUACUUUCGUUUCUCCUUUAAUAGCAUCGCACACCUUUUUCAACGGUGCUAAUGCAUACUCGUUGACCAACGUUCAAUGGGUGUAUCUCGCCGUAGGAUCCUUUGUCUUUAUUUUGAGUAUCGUUUUCUAUGUUGCAGACAUUCCAGAAAUCACGGACGAGGAUAUGCACCAGUUGACUGAAGAGGCUAAUGGUGUCUACAACGACAAAGAGAGGUUUUUGAAACAGUGGCCCUUGUUCUGGGCAAUUUUUGCUCAGUUCUGCUAUGUUGGAGCGCAAGUCUCGCUCGCUUCAUUCUUCAUCAACUAUGCCCAUUUCAAUGCUGGAAUCGCUAAAACUACAGCCUCCAACUUGCUUUCUGUUGCCCAAGCCAUCUACUGUGGUGUCAGAUUCAUUGCCUCGUUCAUGCUUCAUUUGGGUUGUAAGCCUCAGUAUAUGUAUAGUGCUUUCAUUUCUGGAUGCAUCUUAUUCGCAGCUCUUGCUGCUGGUUUACAUGGCAAAGCUGGUCUUGCGUGUUAUAUCAUUGUUUUUGCAUUUGAAUCGUGUUGUUUUGCCAUGAUCUUUGGGAUGGGUAUGAGAGGUUUGGGUAGACACUCUAAGAGAGGUGGUGCUGGGUUGGUUAUGGGUAUCUCCGGAGGUAUGUGUUGGCCAUCUUUGACUGGUGUAGUAGCAGAUAACGUCUCGUACCGUGUUUCAGCUGUGAUUCCUAUGUGUGGCUAUAUAUUAGCAAGCACCUAUGCUGUCUACGUU